UGAGAACAGGGUGGAAUAUGCCGCGGAGGCUUUCUGGCUGGGAAAUGACCGUGGUUUCAUUCAUAGGUUUUCCUUCCAGGGGUGAGCGGCUGCGCGGCGCGCUCCAAUCCGCAUUGCGCGAGAUUUCGGCAAUGCCGAUGAGAGGUCUUUAGGUGAAUCGGCAUCGGCGCGGCGAGCGCGGCGGGAUCUCUCUCUGAUGAGAGUCCCAGGAUCGAGAAUGGAGUGAUUCGAGGAUUUGUCUGAAGAUCAUGCUCUGACAAGGGAAUGGCGGGAUCGGAAGGAGGUAGGUCUCGGAGGACCGCGAACAGUGCCUGGGCCACGAAAUCGCUCGUGGAAAUAUACAAAUGGGAUUCCGUGCAUUCCCCUUUCAUCGACUGUGACAGACCUCUUCCUCGGUCGAAUUCUAUUGAUGUUCCCCAUGUCCGCCAGCUUAGGAGCUGGGAUUGUGGGCUCGCUUGUGUCUCGAUGGUGCUUCGAGCUCUCGGGAUUGAGAGCUGUAAUUUAAAGACAUUGUCCCAGCUCUGUCGUAACACGAGCAUUUGGACUGUUGAUUUGGCUUAUCUCCUUCGCCAUUUUUCGGUGGAUGUGGCCUUUUUGACGAUCACCCUUGGAGCAAAUCCACUUCUGGCAGUCGAGUCUUUCUACAAGGAUAAUAUGGAAGCCGACGAGAAACGGGUAAAUAAGCUGUUUGAGAAAGCUCCUCAAGCUGGGAUUCAGAUACAGUGGAGAUCCAUAUCUGGCGAAGAAUUGGCAAUGCUGAUUCUUUCUGGACGAUAUCUUGCUAUUGCGCUAGUUGACAAACACAAGCUCAGCCAUCCUUGGCUCGAAGUGUGUUUGUGUUGCGGGUUACAUUCUGGCUACACAGGUGAUGUUGAUUUUGCAGGCCAUUAUGUGGUUAUUUGCGGGUAUGAUCUAGAAACCAACGAGUUCGAAAUAAAAGAUCCAUCAAGCUCAAGUUGCAGCGAUAAGCUGCCGCUUGAAGCGCUGGACGAAGCACGUAAGUCUUUUGGAACAGACGAAGACAUACUUCUAAUCUCUAUGGACAGCUUGGAUGAUGCGAGCGUUCAAGCAAUGACUCUGCUCUCCAUAAACGACGACAAAUCGGAUUAAUAAGUUGCUAGUGGACAAACAACAUUGGAGCUGUUCACUUCUUCAAUCCAUAAAAUCUUCUGUUUGGGCGGCAGCUCUAGGUGGGAUUUGUUGAUGCCGCGCGUUCCUUCUAAAUAAAUAUGCUAACAUUUUCUUCA